AAGACGAAGACGAAGGCCAAGACUCGGUAUCUCAAAAGGAAGAAGGAACGCCGAAAGCAUAGAAAAGCGGAGGCAACUCAAACUAAACAGGUCGCUGGCGUUGGCUGCGACCCUCUUGUGACUGCAGACCAUGCAGAAACUUCCUCUGAUUCCGAAAAUGAAGCAAAAGUUCUCAAACCCGUCCACGAGGAGACAAGGUCAACGGGACCACCUCGCAAGCGACGAAAAGUCGACCUGAACAUUGAAAACGAGUCGGACUUGGAUUCAGAAGAACAGUCUUCCUCUUCAAGUUCGGAAUCGGAAGUGGAACCCGAACAAACUACAGAAGUGCGAGAGGACUCUCCUGCCGCUACAGCUGCAUUCCCAUCUUUCCCCCUGCCUGUCGCACCUGAUGCGCCCUCAAAAGCAACUCUCGCCCUUCAAGGUCUCGACAAGGCGCUUCUUAGCGCAGAAAUAGUCGACCCUGCGAAAACUCUGCCCCUCGAUGCAAUUAAUGCGGGACGUAAUUCCAGUGCAGGCGAUCUACCUGUCAUUGGCGACAAAAUGCGGAAGAGGCUACUCGAUCUCGGAAUUAACGAGUUCUUUGCAGUUCAGACCGCAUUAUUACCUUUCCUGCUCCCUUCUAAACGUUGUUCACGGGCAUUAUACUUGCCAUAUGAUCCUCCGCAGGAUGUCUGUGCUUCGGCACCUACCGGCAGUGGCAAGACGUUGGCAUAUGUGAUCCCUAUCGUUGAGAUCCUGUCAGCGCGAAUAGCAACUAAACUGCGUGCUCUAGUCGUUUUACCAACACGUGAUCUAGUGCUGCAGGUGCAAGAAGUUUUCGAGGCUGUCGGUAAGGGCAGGGGCUUGAAGAUAGGCGUAGCAACGGGACAGCACUCAUUUGCCCACGAGCAAGGUCAACUGGUUCCUGACCAAGACAAGGGGUCUCAAGGCGGAGCCAGCAAGGUGGACAUUCUGAUUUGUACACCCGGCCGGCUUAUGGACCACCUCAACGGAACGCCCGGCUUCACGCUACAACACCUUCGGUUCCUUGUCAUUGAUGAGGCCGAUCGUCUUCUCGCACAGAGCUUCCAAGACUGGCUCGCACAAGUACUCAGUGCACUUCGUCCACCGACACAGUCAAUAAGUGACGGAGUUUCCUCUCUGUCUUUGAACAAGCCAGGAGCAUCGUCGAUACUUGGCUUUGGACAUGACUCCAUAGCACCAGCUUUCCUGCCUCACAUCCCGACGGACUUGGAUGACCCGAAGCACAGUUCAUGCCAAAAGCUACUAUUCAGCGCGACGCUCACUCGUGACCCGGCGCGAAUCGCAGCAUUAGGCUUACGCGAUCCGAAAUACUUCGUCGUCCAAGCUACUACAAGCAUUGAUAGAGACACUUCCGGUCCAGCUGCUCUUGGGAUGGAGAACUUCGCAAUGCCACCGAGCCUGAAGGAACAUUACAUCACGACACCCACGGCACGAAAGCCACUUAUACUCUUCCAUCUUCUGCACAACCGUGGUAUUUCUAACGCACUUGUGUUCACAAAAAGCGCAGAGUCUACGGCUCGUCUUGUCAAGCUUUUGGAGUACUUCGAGGUUGCAUAUCUCGCAUUGUCGGACACAGUGAAUCCUCCAAAGCGUAUCGUAGCGCAAGCGUAUUCAAGUGAUCUUCCCUCAGGAGAAAGGAAGAAUGUUCUAGAGAAAUUUAAGAAGCAAGAAAUAGACAUUCUUGUCUGCUCCGACCUUGUCGCUCGUGGUCUCGACAUCUCACACGUCGCACACGUCGUAUCAUAUGACGCACCAGUUGACAUUCGGAAGUACGUGCACAGAGCAGGACGUACAGCACGUGCCGGCCGAGCAGGCGACGCGUGGACACUCGUUGAAGAUCAGGAAGCGAAGUUCUUCAAAGAUAUGCUGAGGGAUGCUGGUGAGGGUCGACUUGAGCGCAUAUCGCGAGUGAGGGUGCGUGAUGCAGAGCUCAAGAAUAUGGAGGAUAGCUAUAUGGUUGCUUUGGAGGACUUAAAGAAGGCAUACAGCCGAUCCACUUCCACAUGAAUCCGAUGCAGUAUCAAAUUAUAUCCGCAUUUCUUCCUUUGGGACUUCCAAUUGUCGUGCCAUUCGGGAUGCUCCGUACAUGAUGCUAGUCUGACGUAUCUAGACGUCUUCAUGUGGCUUCAGCGAUUCUGGCACGGCUUCAUCGCAGUGCUGAUUCAAAUGUGACGCAUAAGUCGUAAGAAUGGGUGUCUUCUGCGCAAAAUACA